AUGAUGGUAAACCCCAUUUACAAGAUUUUGUCAAGGAGCCAGAAAGUUUCAAGCCUGGCGUUCCAUUGGUGGCUUUCAAACUGUCGAAAAAGUUCCAGGAGACGUACCCGGAUAUUCCACAGGCCAUGGUCUCUUCGCUCCUGCGCACUAAGGGCUGGAUAGUGCCAAACUACCCUCUUCCCCAGUCCACCGACGGGUCUGACAAAUGGGAAGUGUUGAGAGUCGUCUUCCGAUCCGAGAUGAGCAUGGAUCUGGUGCAGUUGUUGUUAACCCACAUCCAUCGGACGGUCCAGAAACUGAUCAAAUGUAGCAGUUCACUUCCAGAAGGUCUGAGUGUGGGUGAGCGCAGGGAUGCGAUUUACAACAUGAUGCUGAUCUUGGCAUCUCCCGAGAGCACCGCGGACGACGAAGCAAGUCACCACAAGAGAAAAAACUAUAGAGGUACGUGCUAG